GAGACAAGCCGCCGCCGGUUCGCUCCUCACUCCGCUCGGCUGCGUCCUGCUCACCGUGUGCAGCGGCAGACACAGCGACACUGAGGGGAUCGAGAAGGCGAGCGGACCGCGGUUUGCACCUGGACCGCGCGGACACUGGAUUUAAGGGAAGGGACGACGGGAAAGUUGAAGCCGUCACUGCCGCGACAGGGAGCCGCUCCAGACUGCUGUCCAUUUCUCAAGGUCAAAAGUCUGUGAAGGAAGUGGUACCAGUGGACAGAGAUGAUGUCCAUGCAAAUGAGCGAGGCGGACAGUAUGGUGAAGGUGGCCGAGUGGCAGCAGACAUACUACGCCUCAGAUUCUGGCAUCCAAUCAGGAGCCACCACAGUGCGGGAUGAUGAGAGCAACACAGAGUACAGUGGCAGUAAGAAGUAUGGCGGCAGUACAACAACCAGCAUUACCACUGCCCCCAACGCUGCCUCUGCUGGAGCAGGAGGGGACACAGCAGCUGGUGGACUAGAGAGCCCUUCAGAUCUAGAAGCUCAGUACUCGCUAACGCGGGCUCAGCGCGUCAGGGCCGCAAUGUUCCCAGAGACCCUGGUGGAGGGGGAGGCAGCCAUGCCACUCCAAUCUGAUCCGUCACAGCAGAGCAACGUGCAACGACUGGCUGAGCCCUCUCAGCUGCUAAAGACAGCAAUCGUCCACCUGAUAAACUACCAGGAUGAUGCUGAGUUGGCGACAAGGGCAGUGCCAGAGCUCACCAAGCUGCUGGCAGAUGAGGAUCCGGUUGUGGUGAACAAGGCGGCCAUGAUAGUCAAUCAGCUGACCCGAAAGGAGGCAAGUCGGCGGGUGCUAGUACAGUCCCCGACCAUGGUGGGUGCAGUGGUGCGCGCCAUGACAGCAGCAGUGGACAUGGAGACAGCCCGUUGUGCAGCCAGUGUGCUCCACAGCUUGUCACACCAGAGGGAGGGGCUACUGGCCAUAUUUAAGUCUGGAGGGAUACCAGCACUGGUCCGCAUGCUGAGUUCACCAGUGGAAUCAGUCUUGUUUUACGCCAUCACCACCCUCCACAACCUGCUGCUCCACCAAGAGGGGGCCAAGAUGGCGGUGCGUCUGGCUGAUGGCCUGCAAAGAAUGGUUCCCUUACUAAAAAAGAGCAAUCCCAAGUUCCUGGCCAUCACCACUGACUGUCUGCAGCUCCUUUCCUACGGCAACCAGGAGAGCAAGCUUAUCAUCCUUGCCAAUGGAGGCCCAGAGGGCCUGGUGUUCAUCAUGAGGAACUACAACUAUGAGAAGCUACUAUGGACCACUAGUCGUGUUCUCAAAGUACUGUCUGUGUGUCCCAGCAACAAGCCAGCCAUAGUGGAGGCUGGUGGAAUGCAAGCUUUGGGCCAACACCUUACAGGUUCAAGUCAGCGUCUGAUCCAGAACUGUCUGUGGACACUCCGCAACCUGUCAGAUGCUGCGACUAAACAGGAGGGGUUAGAUGGUCUGCUGCAGAUAUUAGUCACCCAGCUGGGCUCAGAUGAUGUCAACAUGUUGACCUGUGCAACUGGCAUCCUGUCCAACCUCACCUGUAACAAUUCACGCAACAAGACUCUCGUGACUCAGUAUGGCGGUGUGGAAGCACUGAUCCAUGCUGUGCUUCGAGCAGGGGAGAAGGAGGAUGUUGCUGAGCCGGCGGUCUGUGCCCUGCGUCACCUCACAUCCCGGCACCAAGAUGCAGAGCUGGCCCAGAAUGCUGUGCGUCUGCACUACGGUAUCCCUGCUGUCGUCAAGCUGCUGGGGCAGCCACACUACUGGCCGGUAGUAAAGGCCACAGUUGGUUUGAUCCGGAACCUGGCACUGUGCCCGGCCAAUCAAGCGCCACUGAGGGAGGCAGGUGCUAUUCCUCGAUUGGUCAACCUGCUACUAAAGGCUCACCAGGACACACAGAGACACGCCUCCUCCACGCAGCAGACAUACCAGGAUGGCGUUCGCAUGGAGGAAAUAGUCGAGGGCUGCACAGGAGCCCUCCACAUUCUAGCCAGAGACCCAAUUAACAGAGGAGAGAUCGCCAGCAUGCAAACCAUACCACUGUUUGUACAGCUGCUGUACUCCUAUGUGGAGAAUGUGAAACGAGUGUCUGCGGGCGUCCUGUGUGAGUUGGCUCUGGACAAACAGUCUGCAGAGCUCAUUGAUGCAGAGGGAGCAUCAGCACCACUCAUGGAGCUGCUACACUCCAGCAACGAAGGAAUAGCCACCUAUGCUGCAGCAGUGCUGUUCCGAAUUUCAGAGGACAAGAGUUCGGACUACAGGAAGAGAGUGUCUGUGGAGCUAACACACUCGCUCUUCAAACAUGACCCUGCCGCAUGGGAAAUGGCCCAUACUGCAGUUCCCUUGGAGCCUAGUUACCUAGCUGAUGAAUUAGACGGCGCUUACCCUCCUUAUGGCUACACUGAUCUGCCUCUGGACACCCUGCCGCUAGACCCUGACCUUCAUGAGUCCUACAUCCCAGAUAUGGCGUAUGACCCAAGACAGGCCUACCCUGAACCACUCUAACAGGAAAACAAAGCUGCAGGAGAACAAUGCUGAGAGAGAGAUGAAUAAAUCGCCAGAACAAAGACUCAAAGAAUGGAUGGAUGAUAGAGAUAGAAGUUUUAAUCACAAAGGGAAUUUAGCCCUUUCCGAUGGGUGGAAAUAAAUCCCAUUUGGCAGUCAAGAACUAUCACAAAAGGUCGCUCAUUAAAAAAAAGUUUAUCGUUGCUGUAAAUGAAAAUUGUACCUUUGUUAUAAUGUUUUACUGAGGGGUGAAAGUGGGGUUGUAUGACGUUUUGAGGCACUGUUACACGGGUAACGUUUUGAAGCAAUCAAAUUAGGCAAAACGGCCUUAACCUGAGAGUUUAAGACAUGGAGGACACACGGGGGGGCUGACAGUCAACCACAUGUUUUAGCUUUUCAUCUGAAAGGUUUAGAAACCAGUCAGCUGUAAUAUUAGUUGUGAUGUGCAGAUAUUCGCCCCACAUAUUGAAACAUAUUCGUCAAUGAGAAGUUAAACACAAUUCAUCACUAAAACACUCACUGUAAUAACUAUCCACGACUCUUUGGAGAGUUUUGCAAGAUGUCAGCCUUAUUGGCAUUAACUUCCAGUCACCAUUGCUAUCUAAAUGCUACCCGUGUAUCCUAGCCUUAAUUUGCUGUCUUUUAGGUGUCUCCUCUGUGUAUUUGAACAGUGCACAUGUCCCAGAGUGUCCAUGUGUGGUCGUUGCAUGGUAGUAUAUUGUGUACUCAUUGAAAUAUUCUUCACCUUUACUAAAAAACAAGUGAGAUUUGGAUUUUACAAACCAUUUUGGAUUAAGUCAAACCAUUCUGAGAACCUUGGUGAAAGAAAGUGAGGCUGUGACACGGUCGGACUUGCGGUCCUGCUCUGCACUGAUUUGAUAUUCUGUAAGAAUGUCCGCUGGAAAUGAACAUGAGAUUGUGAUAUUCAGGAUCAGACUGCAAAUGUAACUUCCCAGUUCGACCUACACGUCAGCUCUCUGAUCAGCUUGUACACAACUAUGUGAGUGCCAUGGACAAUACUGCAGAGUCCAUUUACAAAAGUACUCACAUAUUGUUUGUAGACAUAAUCACACAUUACUUUUGCGUUAAAGCAGUUUUGAUUUUAGAUAUGAUUUUAGAAAUGCGUCCAUAACUCUGUCAAUGACGAAGCUCUAAUACAAGCUUUUUUCAGAGAUGGUGUUUUGACUUGUCUUGGUAGGAAACACUGGGACUCUUGAAAAAAGGAACAGCAGGGUGAUUCCUACUGUGACAAGUGUAAAUGUCUCACCAUCAUACAGCACUUACUACAGCAAAACAUGCUCCGUGCACCAGGAGCUACUCUGCUUGAAGUAAAACAGUGUUGUUCCAUUCAGUGACUGUAUGUAAAGAUGGAUGACAUGACAGCUCCCAAAAGUGAAGCCAGAGUAAGUUGAUGGUCCCCUGGUGGUUGGCUAGGGUAUAGGUCCUCAAUCCGGCCCCUCCACGUUAGCUGAUGGGACAUGACUAAAAUAAAAGACUCAAAGUGAAAUACAGUUUUCCCAAUGAUGGUUUCUGUUAUUUAAGGUAGCUCUUAUCACACUGACAAAUGUUCAGGGUCAUCUUCAACAGAUUUUAACAAUGGAGUGUAGUAAUAUUGCCAAUGCAAAGUGGAAGUAAUGAGUUGCGUCCUGCAGAAUCCCAGGCAUCUUCAGAAAGUGGGAGUAUGGAUCUGUUCCAGUUUAUUGUGUAAUCAGAGAUUUUAGAAAAGGUGUUGAAUGUUGUUUUUGUUCAUGUUUUUCAUAGGUUUGGUUUGAAUUCGUUUUUUGAUGAUAUAAAAGCAGAGACGUCACGAUUGACAGCUGAAUAGGUCGACGUGAUUGUCCUGAUCUGACCUGAUGGAUUGAUGUGAUAGACAGAGAUAGGUGGGUCUAUCUGUGGGACGUCAACCGAUCCACGUAAUCCCUACUAUACAGACUCUGACACCACCAGUGCAAGAUGGUUUGAGGCUUCAUGUUUUCAGUGUAAGAGGAAGUGGAGAUGUGAGCCAUCUGUAUUUACAGCCUUCACUAACAAAGCACAACUACAAUGAUUUAUUAAUUGCUGUGGUAAUCUACCACCGUACGCUAUUCAUGAAUUUGAACAUCAUUGAUAUAAAUGCAGUUCCCAUCGUUAAACAUAAUUUACUUUUGUGUAUACAUUUACUUUGCCACAACUGAAUGGAAACAUUUGUUUAAAGGAUAAUUAUUUGGCCUUUUGUCUGAAUUAACUAAUCAAAU